AUGGAGUUCUUGGGGACCACGCAGCUAGCCAGUUACUGUGGCACAAGGAAGAGCUGCCUCUUCCCAGAUCAAGCUCCCACCACCACAACUAAGGACACCUAUCAGUCCUACUACCUACCGGGCUACCGCAGCCUCAGCUCCUGGAGGCCUAGUCUGCUUCACAGGGUGGUUUCAGUCCCUGCCGGCGCUGACAAACAAUUUAACCCCACGGGGCGGCCACCCACUGUCCUGCCUGCGCUACAGUCCAGCCUGCAUGCCCGCUACAGCACUCGCGACUGGCACCUGGCAAACCUGGCUCAGUUAAAGGGCUCUGAAGCCUCCACAAACAGUGCUGGUAGACUGAACAUUGAUUCUAGGAGACUGAUGCAAGAUAAGGAUCAACUGACUCAUCAUAUGCAAGAAGACAGUACAAAAAACCUGGGAGAGAGGGUCUGCAACAUCGAUUUCUGGAGAGCUGAGCUCUCCUAUGAGCUAGAUUGUCUGCUGAAGGAGACUCAAGCCUUGGAAACAGCAAAGAGGCGGCUCGAAUGUGCUGCAGAUGAAUUGCAGGGACCACUGAAGAUUGCUCUGGAAUGCUUGUACCACCGUGAGAAGCGAUAUGGUAUUGACUUGGUUCAUGAUAAUGUGGAAAAGAGCCUCAUGAAGGAGGUUGAUGUACUCAAGGACUGUCAAGAAACAUUGACAAAACAUGCACAGAUAAUCAAUCAGCAGCUAGGCAUCAACAGAGAUGUGCAGCAUGCCCUGGAGAGGGAUCUUUCUGACAAAUCCUCAGCCCAUUUUAUUGAUGAGAAGUGCUUUAACCUGAGGAACACAUCAGACAGCAUCAACUUUUACCAUGGAGUGGAAAAAGCAGAUGGGUCUGUUUCAGUUCCUGCAACAUGGGCUAAAUUCAGUGACGACAAUAUCAGGUGUUCUCAACAUGCAAGGGCCAACUCUGCCAAGAUGCGAGAGGAUGCAGAGACUGAGCUAGAGACUGCAUCUGAGGAGAUGUGGAACCAUUGUGUUGGUACCAACUUGGCCUUUAACAGUCGUAUUGCUGAAGUAGCUGAUGCAAAGAAUAAGCUCCAACUACAACUGGCCAAGACACUUCAGGAAAUCUUCCAGACAGAAGAUACAAUCAAUUUACUGGAGAGAUCCAUAAAGGCAAAGGAGUACCCACUGAAAGUGGCUCAAACCCGCCUGGAGGGAAGAACUAAACGACCCAAUAUAGAGCUUUGCCGUGAUGCCCCUCAGUUACAGCUUGUCACUGAAGUUUUCACUCUAGAUAACACCUUACAGACCUUAAAGCUACGUCUACAAGAAGCCAAAGAUACUCUGCAAAUGCUGGUCAACAACAAAUCAAAGCUGGAAGAGGACAUUUCUGUGAAGACAAACUCCUUCUUCAUUGACAAGAAGUGUAUGGACAUGCGCAAAGUCUUCCCCAGCACCCCGCGGCUCAUUGGCUACACUUAA